CCCGAAUAACCCGACCGCCCAACUAUACUUAAACAACUCCCACGUCUAGUUUUCGUUUUCACACAAAGGGCUUAAAGAAAAAAGAGGAACAAUAAUUCCGCGAUUUCGCCCUUUCCUCUCAGGUCAUCUGCGUCGGUUCCAUUAGAGGUGCAAUAAUUCUUUCCCCUUUCUUUCCUAGCAAGAGCGUUAAUAGCGUGACCUGCAGGCAUGGCUGAGAAGAGCUAUAAUGUUACCUUGAAUGUGUACGACUUGAGCCAAGGACUUGCUCGGCAGCUUUCAACGACCUUGUUAGGGAAGGCUAUUGAGGGAAUAUGGCACACUGGAGUUGUGGUUUAUGGUAAGGAAUACUAUUUUGGUGGAGGAAUACAACAUGCUCCUGUUGGGACAACACCAUACGGGAAACCGAUUAGAGUCAUUGAUUUAGGAGUCACUCAUGUGCCUGAGGAUGUGUUUGAGAUGUAUUUGCAGGAGAUUAGUCCUCGUUACACAGCUGAGACCUACAGUUUGCUCACCCACAAUUGCAACAACUUCAGCAAUGAGGUUGCCCAAUUUCUAGUCGGUUCCGGCAUUCCAGACUACAUCUUGCAGCUGCCUAAUGAAGUAAUGAGCAGUCCCAUGGGUGCACUUUUAAUGCCCAUGAUACAAAAUUUGGAGACAACCUUGAGAGCUGGCGCUGUUCCUCAAGUUCCCCAAUUUACCCCUUCUGUAUCUGGUCAGUCAUCUCGGUUCACAACUGCCAAAGUGAACGGGUCAUCUAAUACUACACAGAAAAAAGAGGUUGAGAAUAAGGCGAAGGCUGGGGAGCAGCCGAAAUACAAGGAAGUCAAGCCAACACCACCUUCUAAACCGACUGGGGCUGGUGGAGCUGCAGCAGACCCUCUUGGAGAUGCACGGACCAAGGUCCAAGAGGAGAUAACACGUGAAUUUGCCGCCAUUAUGGCCACCGGAACUUUGCGAGCUAGUGAGGCAGCAGCACUAGCGACUAGAAAAGUGAUGCAGAAAUACGGGCAUUUGAAUGUUGCCAUGCCACAGAGUUAGAAGCAGGAAAGACGGGGAGAAAAACUUUGUUUUCUUCUCUUUCUUUGCAGGUGCAGCCAUCUACCUUGGAAGUUUGGAUUCGGACGUCCGACAAAGAAUUGAAAUAAUGUUAUAAUAAUGAUUCGACUUCAUUAAGAAAAUGAUUUGAAUCUUUCCAAAUUUAAAUUUAACUAUCGGAAUGUGGUUGCGA